CAACAUACCGAACCUCGUGGUUGUGGUCGCUGUCGCUGUCGCUGCCGCUGCCGCUGUCGCUGUCGCCGCUGUCUGUCCACUCCCUCCCCGAGUCUCCACUCUUCCUCGCUGCCGCCGCCCCGCCGCCGCCGCCGACACGCUCCCUCCACCAUGGCAACAAAUCCUCCGCAGCUGUUCCUCCUGGCCGACCACAUCAAACUGUCGCUGCUCGAGCGCCAGCGCGCCCUCUCGCUCAACCUGCCCUCCAACACCCAGGACGGCCAAAUCUCGCGCUCGCUCGAGCAACUGCGCUCCGGCAUCGAGUCGCUGGAAUCCCAGGUGCUCGACACUGCCGACGAGUCCAUAACAUCGCAGCUGCCGCGGCUGCGCGCCCAGCUCGCCGAACUCAGCGCCCAAUUCGAGGCGUCUGCCGCGGGCGCCUCGUCGUCGCCCGUCGUGACCAAGCCCAACUCCGCAUCGCUGACAUCCGACUUUGGCGCUGCGCAAACCCGCCACGCCAGCAACACCAGCAAGGCGCGACAGGCCUCCAAAUCCGUGCGCUUCACCGACAACCCCGCCGCUGCCGCUGCCGCUGCUGCCGACGACGAUGCCGCCAACCGUGCCGCCCUGUUCCCCUACCGCGACGACCCUGCCGACCCGCACGCUGCGCCCGACCACUCACACCUCGACAACCAGCAGAUCCACGAGUACCACAGCCAGGUCUUGCGCGACCAGGACGACCAACUCGACCGCCUCGGCGAGAGCAUCGGCCGCCAGCGUGAGCUCAGCAUGCAGAUUGGCGACGAGCUCGACUCCCACGUCAUGCUGCUCGACGACGUCGAGGAGGGCGUCGACCGCCACCAAGCCCAGUUUCAGCGUGCCCGCGGCAGACUCGAUCGCUUCUCCCGCAAGGCAAAGGAGAACUGGAGUCUGACCAUUAUCGUCGUCUUGAUUAUCAUUCUCGUGCUGCUGAUUGUCAUUACAAAAUAGUUUUUUUUCUCAUUUUAAACCAAAGUAAGGGAAGCAAAACUAAUAUCCAUCUAUCAAUCUAUCGCGGCAUCUAUCGGCGUUCACUCUCUCUCUCUCUCACUCUCUCUCUCUCUCUUUCUGGCAUGGGGCGUUUUAUCUCAAAACAGACACACAGACAGACAGACAGAUAGCAGCGUUGACUUACUUCAAUAGACGCAAUCGUUUUUUUAAUUGUCUUUGUUCCAUCAUCAUCAUCAUCAUCAC